AUGGCUACCGCCGAGAAAACACAGUACGAUGCUUUCGCUCCGAAAUAUGCCUCAGUCGAGGAGCUCCCCUGUUCAAAGCUCGAGGCCGAACUAGUCCGCAACGCCCUAGGCAACUGCAGCGACCUCAAAGUCCUUGACCUCGGUGGAGGUAGCGGGCUCCACGCCCGGCGCGCAGUGGAUGCCGGUGCCGCCAUCGUUGAUGUCGUCGACAUCUCGCCCGAGAUGAUGCACGCGGGUCAGGACGUCGAGACGCAGCUAGGCCGGCAGGGACGCAUCCGCUGGCUCGAGGCCGACGUGACGCGGCCGUUGGGUGAGCAGCUCGACUUGCCGCAACAUGGGUACGAUAUAGUCAUGGCAAACUGGGUAUUUGAUCAUGCCGCUUCAAUGUCGGAUCUGAAGAACAUGUGGGAAAACGUGAUCGCGGGCUUGAAGCCUGGUGGAAGGUUCAUCGGAGUGAGGGCGAAGAGUGUGCGUGCGGAAUACAUGAGCUACGGGAAAUACGGCGUCACGUUCACGGAGAUUAAGGAGAUUCCAAAUGGCCUGCAGUACAAGGUUGGAUGCGUGACCCAGCCGCCCUUUUCCUUUGAGGCUACGUCGAUGGAGUCGAGCUAUUCGCUUUCCGACGAUAUUGCUCGCGAACUUGGGCUAGUCGACUUUCAGGUUUGCCGGCCAGAGGACACGGAAAUUGUCAAGAAUGAUUUGAGCUUUUGGGGGGAUUAUGUCAAGGAUCCUAACUUUGUUGUUGUUAUGGCAAGGGCAUAG